CCGGUUUGUGAGUUCGAGACUUGCGUCAGGCUCUGUGCUGACACGUGGUGCUGUAGAUUCUGUCUCCCUCUCUCUCAGCCCGUCCCCACCUUGCACUCUGUCUCUCUCUCAAAAAUCAAUAAAUGUUAAAUGUUAAAACAACUUUUUUUUAAAAUAUCCAAAGUAAUAAGCAAAUGCAACAUUCAAAUAUAUAAGGAUCAUCAAAUUGCUAGUGUGUAAAAAAAUCACUAUAGCAAAAUCAGAAGCCUGGUCACACAAAAUCAACACCGAAUUAGAACACGUAAUGGACAAUAAGCCAUUUAUAAUAGCAACAGUAUCUAAAAUGUACCGAAGAGGAAACCUCACAACACUGCAGAAGAUCUUUAUGGAGGCAACUAAAAAAUGUACUGAUAGAGUAAGAGAAAGAAAAUGUCCCUGUAGAGCUGUAAAAUAUGUUUAUUCAGGGGAAGAGAAUUUCAGAAAGAUAUCAAUUCUCCUUAAAUUAUUUAAGGAUUUAGGGCCUUACCUGUAGCUUCCAAGAUGAAAACUGAUCUCGGGCUGCUAUUUCCUGUGCCCAAAAUCAACCCUUGGAAAAACUAAAGGAAUAAACAAAACAAUAUCAACAAUAACAGUAAAACAAUACUGAGAAACCCCUGAGGGCUACUGAGUAUGUACUGAACUAGCACUUGUGUGGGAGGAGGCUCUGAAGUUCAGACAGGUUUGUAGAAGACAGACUUGGUGGGAAGGGAAGGUUUGAAGUGUAGCCUUGAUUUUUGCACUGUGCCCGGGAUAGUGAAUUUCUGCUGCUUCAGUGAGUGAACCUGAGGCAGCUCCUCAGAGCCCAUGUGCCAGGACCAUGGGGUAAUGUCAGGACGGCACCAAAGUUUGGGUUAGUUGACGUGGUAUGAGUCAGUGAGUUCAGAGACUGUCCUAAAAACUACCUGAAAUCUCUUCUGUUGGUGAGGACUGGGCCUUUAUUUUUGUGGUCAUCUGAAUACACUAGAAGGCACACAUAAAAUUAGAACACUUGAGAUACAGUCUUUUAGCAAAUUCCAGGUAAAUAAUAAUUAUUAACUAUACUCACUGUGCUAUACAGGUUUCUAGAUCUUACUCAUAACUGAAAGACUGUACCCUUUUAUCAGAUCUCCCCUCUUCUGUCACCUACCCCAGCCUCCAGUAACAACCAUUCUCUAUUACUAUGAAUUAUAUAUAUCUGUUUCCUUUCUAGAAUCCAAAUAUAAUUGAAAUCAUUAUAAUAUUUGUCUUUUGGUGUCUGGCCAGUUUCACUUACCGUAAUAUCCUACUGAUUCAUCCAUGUUAUUGAAAACAGCAGAAUUUGUCACAACACACGCAAAAAUGGUAGCUAUGGAAGGCGAUAUGUGGAACAAUUUGUGAUCACCAUUUCAGUGUAUGCAUCUAUGAAAACAUCACAUUGUGUGUGUGUGUGUGUGUGCAUGUAUAUAUGCAUACAAAACAACGUGUAAAAACCCCAAAAGUGUUAAAAUAGAAUACAAGUAUCAUAGUAAUUAUGCACAGGCCAGAAUUGUAUCCCAGAAGCUUUCAGAAAUGGCAGUGACGUCAGUCAGAAGACACAGGCAGAGCUAUGAGGCUAAGAAGCAACUGACUUUCUCUGUGGGGUUCUCAAUACCAUGGUGGGGGUGAGAGGCUUCCGUUACCAACGGGAGCAACUCCGGGACUGUGAAGAACUCGGUGCAACAUCUCUAACCUCCAACACGGGGCCGCAGAGGACUCUGUCCUCCCGCAGCCGUCUCUGGAAGGCCUCUGGCAGCAGUAGCCAGCAGAGGUGUAGCUGCACUUCAUAUCCCGAGUCACAGGCAGUGAUGGCAUCGACCUAAAGGCAGAAGAGGGACAUCGACCAGCACCCAAAAGGACUCCAGGAAAGACACCGAGAGAGGAUUGAGGCAGUUCCCACACGGAACACGGGCUCCCCCAAAGGCAACACCUGGCCAUCGUCAGCUCGGGGGAGCCCCAGCCAUGGCUGCUAAGCUCAGACCCCCAAACAUUUCCUACUGCUGGGUGCUUAGAGGGAAACGAGACGCUUGGUCUGAGGCCCUCGGACACAGCACAGCAGAGGGAGGGUUCACAGGAGCUGCUAAGAGUCCGCCAAAGCCCGCGUGCGAGUCCUGCGGGAGGGACUCCAGCCCCCCUGGAACCCAGCCCCCCCCUGCGCAUCCCCCCAUGCCAACCCCAGAGCCCGCCCCCUCCGCUGUCGAUCUGGGGGCCAGGCCCACAUGACCGGAAGUGGCCCUUCCAACUUCCUCCCGGCGCUGGGCUGUGAGGCCUGGUCGGACAGCCGCUGCCUCGGCUGAACACGAGGAGGGGGUCCCACGUCCCGUCAGGGGUCAAGGAAAGGAAGGCCAGGCUGAGACAGCCCCGCCACGUCUAAGAAAUACCAGGUGUCCUCGCUGCCUGCCAGCCGGGCCCGGCGUCGUCAUGCCGCACCGCCAGAAGAAAAAGCUGCGCGCCCGCCAGAAACGCCACGAGGGCCAGGGUGAGGGGCAGGGUGUGGAGGGUGCUCAGGCCGCCGCCGCCGCAGCCGCAGAGGCUUCCCCGGGGUCCCCCCGGGCGGGUGCAGCCCAGCAGCCUCAGGGUGCCCCGGCCCCCGGGUCCCCCGGGUCCCCCGGGUCCCCCGGCGCAGGCGCCGCAAGCCCGCCACGUGAGCAGGGCGCCGAGGGCCCGGCCGCGCCCCCCGCCCCGGGCGCCCGCAAAGACCCCCUCAGCCGCAAGGCCGACAUGCUGGUGCGGUUCCUGCUGGAGAGGCACGCCAGCAAGGAGCCCAUCACGCGGGCCGCGCUGCUGAAGAUCGUCAGCAGGAAGUACGAGGCGCACUGGGCCGAGAUCCUCAGGCGCACCUCGGAGCGCCUGCAGCUGCUCUUCGGCCUCGAGCUCCGGGAGGGCGACGCCGGCGGCCGGGCCUACGAGCUGGUCAGCAAGCCGGGCCUGGAGGGCGACGGCGGCGACAAGGGGCCGCCCAAGAGCGGCCUGGUCAUGGCGCUGCUGGGCGUGAUCUUCAUGAAGGGCAACCGCGCCAGCGAGGAGGAGGUGUGGGAGUUCCUCAACGUGCUGGGCGUGUACGCGGGCCGCAGGCACCCGAUCUUCGGGGAGCCCAGGAAGUUCAUCACCCAAGAUCUGGUGCGCCAGAAGUACCUGGAGUACCGCCACGUGCCGGGCAGCAAACCUCAGCGCUACGAGUUCCUGUGGGGCCCGAGAGCCCGCGCCCACACCAGCAAGAUGGAGGUGCUGCAGGUGCUGGCCAAGAUCAACGACACGGUGCCCAGCUGCUUCCCCCAGCUGUACCAGGAGGCCCUGCUGGAAGAGGCGGCGCGCGAGAGCUCCACAGACGCAGCCACGGAGGCCUCCGCUGGCGAGGCUGCGGGCGGCCCUUCGGGAGCCGGGGAGCCGUCCCGGGCCCGGGUCGGCCGCGGCCGCCCCAUCUAGCGAGGCCGGUGGGGCCGCUGCUCCUCCUGCUCGGGGCGGAAGGGGGCCCUUGACCUUCCAGGUAGUGCAGAGUCCGGGGGCUGAAGGGAAGUAAGUAGAUCUAACAGUUAAGAAAUCUUCAGUUGAACAUUUUAAGUAGUGGGGGUCUAAGUGGCUUUGUUUUAACAAAACCUAUCUUCUUUUUGAUCUUCACAUAAUUACAUUUUAGGUAAAGUUAAAUACACAGAUACAUAUUAGCUCGAGAUAUUUAAUGUUUUUUCAAAUGUUUUUCCUUUUAAGAUAAAGUGUACUUUGCUUCAAGAUAUGAAGGUAUGACCAACAUUAGGCUCACAUUUUUUUGCAUUUCAAAAGGUUUUAAAGUCUCAGUUUUGCUAUUUGUAAAAGAAUUCAAAUAUAUUCAGUAUUUUGUUCAAUAUCCAGACAAGAUGACAUGGUACCAGAACAGGAUUCAAGGAGAUGUGAAAGAAUCCAACAGGAAAAUAGAUGAGGUCACAAAGUACAUGAAAAAAAAAUAAACUUUAAAAUGUUUAAUGUGUUCAAUUAUUUGUUUGCCUUGUUGUUUUUAGUCUUGGUUUUCUAGUAUUAAAAGAUAUCUGCCCUGGACUAUCAUAGCUUAA